UCCAGAAGUCCAGACACCUCACUGUCCCCUCCUUGUACCACAGAGGACAGGGCUCCUCCUGCUGUGUCCCUACUCCCUCAACAGCCCUGCCCCCACCAGGAGAACAGGAUGUCCUAUGAAAGAAAAACCGAUAUCUUUGACAUCUCCAGGUUAAUGCUCAAGUACCCAUGGCUGGAAUAUCGAGACAGGACCAAAGAACUCAGAGAAGCCAUGGCUCCUGUCCGCCUGCCCAUGUCCUGCUACCAGGUGCCGAAGGAAGUGUACCCCCCGAGUCCAGACUGCUGGCGACAGCACUCCCAAAAGCCCAGUGUGAUCCCUUACUGCUACUCGGAGACGCCUGAGACUGACAUGCACUGGAACAUCCUGUAUAAUCAGCAAGAGGAAUGGGAGACCCAGAGGAUGUUAGCGAAAAUGAGAGACCAGCCGAGGUACCUCCAGCAGGAGACUCACAUCCAGAACUUCUAUCUCCCCAUGAACAAGCUGACUUCAAAAGCUCAGGCAAUACCCGAGCCCUUGGAGCCCACCAGGGACCCUCUGAAGUGGCAAAGAUUGAAGGAACUCAUGAAAAGCCUGAAAUCUCCCCAAGAGGAUGAACAGCUGUACGCAGCACAGGCUCUAGGGUACUUGGACGUCAGUGACAAGUUUGUCAUGGAGGCACUGUGGCAGGUGGGAAAUGGAAGGUCUCAGAAGCCAAGUGCUUGCCUAAGGCCAACUGCCAAGGCCCAAACUGGUUCAGAGAAAGUGAAGUAUGAGGCCUAUCGAUCCCUGGCCAUCCUGGGCUGUCUGAAUAAGCACGUGAUCCAUGCCCUCAUCAAACAGCUGAAGGGGCAAGAUGAGGGUCGAAGGAUGGAGACUCUGACCGGGCUGCGAGUGGCUCUGAACUCCUGGGCGGCUGUCCCUAAAGACAAGAGGACUGAAGUUGGGGAUGAAGAAAAGCUGGUGCUUGUGUUGCAGACACUGAUGAAGAAGUUGGUAAAUGAAGCAGCCCUGGAAGCAGCCCUGUGCUUGGGUUUCCUGAGGCCCUGCAGUGACAUGGCCCAAGAGUUCUUGCUGCAGUGCCUAUGCCAAGGGCCCAAGACCCAGCGGAUGAAGGCACUUAGGAUGCUGGUCAAGAUGAUGCACGUUCACUCAGCUGCAGUCAUCAUGUCCAUCCUAGAGCAACUGUGUUCUUCCGCUGUCCUUGACGACCGCUAUGAAGCCACCCAGAUGCUCAGGACCAUUGGGCUGGAACAGAUCCAGGCACAGGGGCUAGAGGAACUCACAUUCGACCUUCUCAGGAGGAAGACGCAUAACGAACCCUUCCUUGCUAUGAGGCAGGCUGUGGUGGAAACUGUGGAAGAGCUCAGGAUGAAGCCCGUGAUGAUGAACACAGUGGAGGAGCAACUGAUGGACCCUAACGCGACUACACGCCAGGAGGCAAUUACUUCUUUGGGAGUCCUGGGGUUCCGCAGCCCACAAGUGUUUCAUCUGCUUCUGGACAUGCUGGACACAGAAGAGAACCAGGCUGUGAAGAAAAGUCUACAAGAAACACUAGUCCUUUGGUCUUCAACUGAUCCCUGGAUCCAGAGCAAGCUGAAGAACAAGAUUUUCUUAGCAUAUGAGGCACCUAAGACCAAUGUGGAGGCAGCGUUCACAAGGUUCCGCAAGAAGCCCGAGACCCCAGAACAGCUAACUAUCCAAGACUUCCGCCUUGCUAGGCUAAGUCCCUUGUUGAUUGCAAAGGCCAGCACCAAGAUGGACCAAAAGAAAAGGUUGCCUGCCUUCCUGCCCUGUCUCCCACAGGACAUGGGCCACAGCCCAUAGAGCCCUGACAACCAAAGAUGAGGAAACAGCUCCGGAGUCUUUCUGGGACCUCCAAAUAGGUCAACUCACUCGGCCUGGUCCCCACGCUCUCCCCAAGGAUGCUUCUCAAGCUCCCCCGAGAAAAUCCAUACUUACCUUCCAUGAAUAAAUGAGUAUCACUACACCUCUCUGGA